AACAGCAACAGCAUGGCUGUCCAUAAAAGGGGUAGCCUUCUUCUCUUCUGUGCAUGUGCUUAGAAGUAAUGGCUUCCUUGUCUCUCCUAAUCUUCGUCUUCUACUCCAUCCUUUUCCUAUCAUCCUACUCACAUGCCCAAACCUCUCCUCCUCUAGUCCAAGGACUCUCAUUCACUUUCUACAGAUCCAGCUGCCCGAACUUGGAAACAAUUGUCCGAAAUGAGCUCCGGAAAGUGUACUGCGAUGACAUCGGUCAGGCUGCCGGUGUACUUCGUAUCCACUUCCACGACUGCUUCGUGCAGGGGUGUGAUGCAUCACUGUUGCUGGACGGGUCUGCAAGCGGACCGAGUGAGAAGAACGCGCCUCCAAACCUGACGUUGAGGCCUCAAGCUUUUAAGAUAAUCAACGACCUGCGUGCUGCCAUCGAGAAGAGUUGCCGCCAGGUUGUUUCCUGUGCUGACAUCGUCGCUCUCGCUGCUCGCGACUCCAUUUUCUUGGCAGGCGGUCCCAACUACCGGGUUCCCUUGGGCAGGCGUGAUGGUCUGAGCUUUGCUACCGAACAAGCAACUCUGGACAACCUCCCGGGUCCCCUAAGUAAUGCCUCGGAACUUCUCGAUGCACUCAGCAAGAAGAAUCUAGAUGCCACUGACCUGGUCGCACUCUCUGGAACCCACACGAUCGGGAUCAGCCAUUGCACGUCGUUUGAAAAUCGUCUGUACCCCACUCAAGACCCCACAUUGGAUCCGACCUUCGCCUGGAGCUUGUACAAUCGGUGCCCGGCCGUAAACUCUACCAACACAACGAACCUGGACCUUCGAACACCUAACGUCUUCGAUAACAAGUACUACGUUGAUCUCAUGAACCAUCAGGGCCUUCUAACGUCUGACCAGACUUUGUACACUGACCGCAGGACACGGCCUAUCGUGACGAGCUUCGCGGUUAACCAGACAUUGUUCUUUGAGAAGGUGUCGUUGGCAAUGGUGAAGAUGGGUCAGAUGAGUGUUUUGACUGGGACCCAGGGGGAAAUACGUACCAACUGUUCCGCACGCAAUCCUGUACGCACGAUCCUGUCAACAGUAGUGGAUGGUAAUGAUGGGACGAACGCAGCAUUUUAAUAUGCUAAUGUUUUAGGAGGGUUGAGUUGGAGAUGUUGUAGGCUUGUGUGUUUUUUCUUAUGCUCGAUCUUUUCUGUUCUUUUUUCUUUUUUACCAACUUUUCUGGAGAACUACCUGCAUUACAUGUGAAAUAACAAGGUGCAAUAAAGGAUCCCAGUUAGAGUCAAA